AUGCGACCUGAAUCAAGCCAAAUGAUGCUUGAUGAAAUUACUCAGUAUAUGAAGUUUAUGCAUGAUGGACAACAAAGUUUGUAUGAAGGAUGUGACAAAUAUUCUAAACUUUCUUUCUUGCUCAAAUUGUACCACAUCAAAUGUCUAUUCAAAAUGAUUGACAAGGCAAUGUCAAUGAUACUUGAGUUGUUAGCAGAUGCCUUUGAUUAUGCUAAAAUCCCAUCUUCAUUCAAUGAAGCUAAGAAAAUCAUUAAUAAGCUUGGCCUUCAUUACACCAAAAUUGAUGAUUGCCCAAAUGAUUGCAUGUUAUACUAUGGAGAAGAUAAAGAUAAGGAAUUUUGUACGAAAUGCAAUGAAUCUAGAUGGAAGAAAACGAAGAAGAGCAAUAGUAUUGUUGGUGCUACUAAGAAACAAAAGAAAGUUCCAACUAAAUUUUUAAGGUAUUUUCCAUUCAAGCGACGCUUACAACAAAUGUUUAUGUCUUCUAAAAUAGCUGAGCAUAUGCAAUGGCAUGCAUCAAGAAGUACACAUGAAGGCAUAUUAAGGCAUCCAAGUGAUUCUGAAGCAUGGAAGAACUUUGAUCUAAUGAAUCCUCAAUUUUCUUCAGACCCUCAAAAUGUUAAACUUGGUUUGGCUACUGAUGGGUUCAAUCCAUUUUGUGAUUUAAGUACAUGUCAUAGUACUUGGCCUAUUGUACUUAUACCUUACAAUCUUCCUCCUUGGAUGUGUAUGAAGCCAAGUUCAUUCAUUCUUUCCAUGAUCAUUCCUGGUAAAAGAGCACCAAGAAAUGAUAUUGAUGUAUAUUUAAGGCCAUUAAUAGAAGAAUUAAAAGAGUUAUGGAACACUGGGGUUGAAACUUUUGAUUCACAUAAGAAAGAAGUGUUUCAUAUACAUGCAGCUAUAUUAUGGACUAUUAGUGAUUUUCCUGGUCUUGGAACCUUAUCUGGGUGGAACACACAUAGUGGGUUGGCUUGCCUUAGGUGUAAUUUUGACACAACUCCUAAGAAGAUUAAGGGUAAAUUUUGUUUCAUGAAUCAUCGACGUUGUUUAAAUGCAGGGCAUAAAUUUAGAUUAUGUCGUAGUCGUUUUGAUGGAAGUGUGGAAAAUAGAAAUCCUCCUUUGAGAAUAUCAGGAACAAAUGUCUUACAACAAGUUUAG